ACACAGUUGAUGGAUCUGGCAGAAAGCAUUAACAACAAGCUGUCAUAUUUCAAUGAGUUGGACAGUAUAUCAGUGAAACUGAGUAGGCAGACCUUGACUGUCACCAAUGAGACUAUUAUACCAUUGUUAUCUCGACUGGAUGAGUGUAUCCUCUACCUCAAGAGUAACCCUCGCUACAAAGAAUGUGAUGUAUACCUUGCUCGAUUCCGUCAGUGUUUGAGUCGGGCUCUAGGGCUCAUCAAAACCCAAGUAAAUAACAUCCUACAGACAGCAACACAGCAAGUUCAGCCCAAGAAGGAUGCCCCAGCAAUGGCCGACAAUGGAUUCACAUUGUUCUAUGGGAAAUUCCGUGCCAAUGCUCCCUCGGCCCUCACUGAGUGCCACCACUACUACUUCAACCAGAGGGAGAUUCUGCUGGGCCCCAGCAUCUCAACCACAGUUGUGGACCUGGCCUCCAAACACUUGCGGGAUCACUGUGCUCUAAUGCGAAGUGGCUGUGCAUUCAUGGUACAUGUUUGUGAAGAUGAGUACCAGUUAUACUUCAACUUUUUCUCUAGACCAACACCUCUCUUAGAUGCUAUGCUGGAGAGAAUUUGCACCAGCCUGUAUGAUGUGUUGCGACCACUGAUCAUCCACAUCAACCACCUUGAGACCCUGUCUGAACUGUGCAGCAUUCUCAAAGUGGAGAUGAUGGAAGAGCAUGUCCGACAGAACCCCCAGGAGCUGGCAGCUUUUGAAUCCAUCUGUCAGCAGAUGCUGAUGGAUGUGCAGGAGAGGCUUGUGUACAGGACUUACAUCUACAUCAACACAGACAUUUUACAGUACAAGGCUGCUGCCGGCGACUUGGCUUACCCUGAGAAGUUGGAGAUGAUGGAGAGUAUAGCUGAAAGUUUGAAGAAAGGCAAACCACCCAGGGCCAGCCAUUCCCGCACUCCCUCGAAUGCCUCAAGCACCUCUAAUGAGGUUGCACAGCUGACAGGGGCUGGGGACUCCGCUGAGGGGCCUGCAGCGUCUAAUGGUUCUGUAGUUGAGAUUACAGAGGAGGAACUAACUGAAGUGCCUUUAGAGAGAAACUUUGAUGGCCCUGGUAGCAACAUGCCUAUGUCACCAGCAGACUUGCAUGGCAUGUGGUACCCAACCGUGAGGAGAACCUUGGUCACACUGUCCAAGCUCUACAGAUGUAUAGAUAAAACCACAUUCCAGGGCCUGUCACAGGAGGCAUUGCAAGCCUGUAUCGUGUCCCUGAAAAAUGCAAGAGAAGGCAUUGUCAAAAGAAAACAGAGCACACUCGAUGGGGAGCUGUUUCUGAUCAAGCAUCUGCUGAUACUGAGGGAACAGAUAGCCCCGUUCCAAGCAGAUUUCUCCAUCAGGGAAACACACUUGGACUUCAGCAAGUUUAAAGAUGCUGCCUACUCUCUGUUCCACAAGAAAUCUCAGUUUUUUUCUCUCAACAGCAACAAUGCACUGCUUCAGUUCAUUCUCGAGGGCACUCCUCAGGUCAUGGAAAUGUUUGUGGACUCCAAGCGGGAUGUGGAUCAACAGCUGAAGACAAGUUGUGAGGAUUUUAUACACCACGUCACAGAUCUCUUCACUGCUCCACUGAACGCUUUCAUGUCACGGGCAGAUAUUAUAACUAGCAUGAAGAAAGAAGAUGCAACAAGUAAGGUGACCUUGCGACAACAGCCUUUUGCAUCCCCGGAGAAGAUCCAUGAUAUUGUAGCCGAGACAUACAAAAACAUUAAGACAAAACUACCGCUGGUUCAGCGGAGCAUGUCUUUGUACCUGGCGAACAAAGAUACAGAGGCCAUAUUGUUCAGGCCAAUCAAGGUGAAUGUUCAGCAGGGCUUCCAGAAACUGCAGGAUCUACUGAAAGAGCAGUACUCGGAGGAAGAUAUCCAGAUCAUUGCUUGUCCCAGCUCAGAACAG